CCACACUAUUGUGUCUUGAACACGCUAGCGUAGAAUUUUAAAAACCCUUUCCCAGAGAGUAUUUUUUGAGCUGCAACCUUCAAUCGUGAUAACCCCGAUUCUUGAGCUUUUUUUGUGGCCAAACGUUCGUAGAAAACUCUUCUGUGGUGCCGUAUCAAUAACCCCAUUUUCAGUUGAAGUGUACCGAGGUCUCUUUUCACGCUGGCAAGCACAUAUUAUUCGGGACUUCUUUAAAUUAUCGGGAAAGUGUUACCUUUCCGUUGGCAUCAGAGCUGAUCUCGUACUCUCGAACUCCUUGGAGCCCACUUAGAUGAAUAUGAUCGCUAUCCUGAUGAGAACGAAAGAAAUGUUGAUUCCACUCUAAUCACCGGACUUUUGUUUUCUCUGAUGCAUUGUGGAUGCGGGUUGCAUAAUCGGCUCUCGUUAACUUCGACGUCCGAAUAAAUCAAAAUUGCAAGAAAAGUAAUCAAAUCAGCUUAGCGGGGUCAAAUUUCUGUACUCGCGAAAUUUUUUAGGACUCUCAAAAUUUCAAAACGUGACUUCUUAUUUUCCUCUGGCUAUAGCUCAGAAUUCCUUUCUUUACGGGCUCAGCGAUGUUCGAAGUGAAUUGACAGAUCGUGUAUGACCUUUACUUUCCAGCCAACAUAGGUUUUGUAAAAUAUUUCCCUCAAGAACGCCUCUUCUAUUCUAGGAUUAUCGGAGAACGAUAUGUGAUUGUGUGAAGUGAUGUAGACAACUCGAGCUUCGCGAGUGUUUUUACGAUUGCAGAAUCGAAAGCGCCUCGUUGAAGCCAAAACCUAAAGUGACUCCUUAAAAUCGGGUUUAGUUCUGUUUCGUUUCAGGGGUUUCCUUUUGGAUCCGAUAUCUCAUGUACCCAACGAGACCAGGAUAAGUAGCGUCUUAUCAGAAGAGAGGCUGAGAGAGCCUUAUCGAUACCUAAAUCAUAGCGCCGCAACGAAACCAGAUCCGGAAAUUUCCAAUUGAAACCGGAGCCCAAUAGUUCCUCUUGUGUUCAGAGCGGAAGCUGAAGUUGUUCUACAUGAAUCGGGACUAAAAUUGCUCUAGCAGAACCAGAACCGGAAGCAUCCGAACGAAACUGGAAGUGUCUACCUGAAGCUGGAACUAGAAUUGAAUGUGUUCCUUUUUAAAGAAACUCAUUAUCAACCUAGCGAGAUCAUAACCAGAUGUGUAUUAAAAAAAUCAAAACUGAAUGAGCCCCUACAAGGCCAAAACUGGAAGUGCCUAGACGAGACCGAACCGCAAGCGCUCUGUUGAAACAUUAAUCGAAAGUGUUUCAUUGUUUGAAACACUCUUAACAGGAUCAGAACCGGUAGUAUCCCGUCAAAGUCAAAAUAGGAAGUGCCCCAUUCAAACCGGAAACUCAAGUCAAUUUUUGUAACGUGAAAUUGGAACUUGGAGUGUUCCAUCGGAACCGGGUUCCAAAGCUUUCCAUUAAAUCCGAAGCCUGUUUUUUCCUCCAUCUUGUCUGUCUGUCAUCUCAGAGCAGAAGUCGAAACCGGGAGUGCUUUUCGCGAGAUCGGAGCCAGAAACGUCUCUUUGGGAAACGAAACCGGAACUAAAAGUAUUUCAUCGAACCCUGAGUCAAAGGCACCCAAAAUUAACCGGAGCUACGAGUGUCCUACCAAAAGUAGAACCAGACGUGCCUACUGGAGACCGUAACCUAAAGUUGAUUCUUGAGAGCACGCAAACAAGCGUAUGUGGAAGUGUCCUACCAAAACUAGAACCAGGUGUAUUCAAUUCAAAUCGGGACCAAAAAAGACUAAUCGUAGCCAGAACUGGACGUGUCCCAGUGAGACCGUGGCUUAAAGUGUCCUCGAGAGUACCUAAACGCAAGCGGAGCGGGAAAUGUCCCACCGAAACUAGAAGUGGUCGUGUUCAAUUCAAAGCAAGACCAGAAGUGUCCAAUCGAAACGAAGAACCUGAAUAGACUCGUCGAAACGAAGAACCGGACGAUUCCUAUUAGCACAGGAACCUAGAUAGACUCGUCGGAACCAAGAACCGGACGAUUCCUAUUAGCACAGGAACCUGGAUAGACUCGUCGGAACCAAGAACCGGACGAUUCCUAUUGGCACAGGAACCUGGAUAGACACAUCGAAACCAAGAACCGGACGAUUCCUAUUGGCACAGGAACCUGGAUAGACUCGUCGGAACCAAGAACCGGACGAUUCCUACAAGCACAGGAACCUGGAUAUACUCGUCGGAACCAAGAACCAGACGAUUCCUACUGGCACAGGAACCUGGAUAGACUCGUCGGAACCAAGAACCGGACGAUUUCCAUCGACGAUUCCCAUGAUGCGCGGCCGGUGAGCGGCUUGGCGUCCGAGAUCGACAAAAUGGUGAAGACGAGCGCCGGCGUGGCGAGCGUGAUCGAGACGCUGGAGAAGCGGGCGGCCCGGAAGAAGACGAGCGUGGCGGCGCCGCGGACCCGGACGAGGGUCUCGGUGGAGAGGUCCCGGUCGAGGUCCCUCUCGACGGAGCCGGAGCCGGGAACCGAGGAGCCCGGUCGGGGCCGGGACCUGGAGUCCUCGAGUCCCUCCAGCUCCAGCCUGGAUCUCGCCUCGUCCCCUGACGAGUUCCGCAACACCGCCCCCGCUCCCGCCUCGGCGCUCAAAAGGCUCAAGACGCGACACCGCACCAGCGCCGCAACCCACAAAUCCGACUCGGCCUCGAACGACAACGACUUCCAAUGGAUGGCGCAAACGGAAGACAACUCCUCGACCUCAUCGCGGACCCUGAGCAGGGACAGAGACACCCUGACCCCUCUGACCCUGCGACGACGCCCCCGCGGGACCGGAAGCCUGGAUCGGAGUCAGCUGCCCCGCAAGGAACGGGACAAGCGUUGCAAGUCCACUUCGUCCUACCCGCGGAGGCUCAAGCCGAGCCAAGGACGCUGUUUCGGGAGCGGGGACCUCGGGGAAUGCUGCUGGCACGGGAGCAACCCUUACUUGAACGUUAAUUUCCAGCGGGCUCAAAUGUUCCCCUGUCACCAUUGCGCCGUCCCGAUUUGCUGUCAGAUGGAGCAUGCUGCGACGCGGCCACGCUAUCCCAAGCCUCCAGAGGAGUUGGAAGAUCAGUUCAAAAGACUGGAAAACGACAAAGACUCCCUGCAACUACAAGUUGUCGUCCUCAGUGAUCAGAUCGACGCUCAGUCGGAGAAAAUCUCUGAUCUCGAGAAAUCGCUCGCUGAGCAAAAAGAACGAUUCGAAUCAAUGAAGGAACUGCUUCAAAAGGAAUUAUUGGCAAAGUCAUCUCUAGAAACCCAGAAGUUAGAGCUGCUGUCUGUUGUCACGGAUCAGAAACGGCAAAUAGCGCUUUUGGAGUUGGAGAAUAAUGAGUUGAAAGAAUUCCUUCGAGAAGAAAGGAAACAGCGGAAACCGCCGAUAGCACCCAGGCUUGUUCCGUUCCCUCCGCCAAACUCGCAUAUCAACAUGCAGACGUCGAGUCCAAGUUAUCGGAGGCCGUACGACCACUACGGGAGCCUGCCGCGGCAAAGCAAGUCUGGGAGCGAGAGUCCACACAUGCGGAAAGGCGUCAUGUUUGGUAAAACGCUUCAUAUGUACAACAGCUUCAGUCAUGAUGCGCAGUCAGAGGUGGUGGUGGGUGAGCGGAGUUCAUCUGCGCCCAAUCUAGCUGAAACAGAGAACACUGGAAUGAGUGACGUUGUAUCUGAGUGUGGUGAUGAAGACUUCUCUCCGCAUCAGAGUCCUUCUCUCAACAUGGAUCGGUCAAGAGGAAUUAGAAAGAUUCUUGGAAAGUUAAAGCGAAGUAAUUCCGGAAACCUGGAUGACACAUCAGGCGGUGAAUUUCAAAGAGGCGGAUUGCGGGCAACUGCGAAUGGACGCCUCACUAGCUCCAACGUAAAACCCAGACCAAAUUUACCUUUUAGUGACUGGAGCCUUGAUUCAAUUUGUGAUUGGUUGACGGAGAAAGGACUGGAUAGUUAUGUCAAUGCUGCAAAGAAAUGGGUUGUAUCAGGAACACAGUUACUCAACGCGACAAGCCAUGAUCUGGAGAAACACCUUGGAAUAAAAAACGCACUUCAUAGGAAGAAGUUACUCCUGGCGCUUCAGUGCGAGCGUGGCGAUGAAAUCAAGAACCCUCUCUUGCUCGAAGCAGGCAAACUAGAAACCGUCUGGGUUUUGCGGUGGUUAGAUGAUGUCGGGCUUCCUCAGUACAAGGACUCGUUUCUCGCGGCGAGGAUUAACGGAGCGACUCUUCAUAGACUAACGCUCGAGGAUCUCGCUGCUCUCCACAUCUCAUCCGUUCUCCAUGUUGCCAGUUUGCGGUGCGGUAUCCAAGUACUUAGAAAUAAUAAAUUCGAACCCAACUGCCUGUGUCGGCGAUCAGUGCCUGGAGACGCGACGGAGACAAACCCAAGUCAGGUGGCGCUGUGGACGAACCAUCGUGUUAUGGAGUGGCUGCGCAUUGUUGAUCUGGCUGAAUAUGCGCCAAAUCUCAGAGGCUCAGGUGUGCAUGGCGGUCUGAUAAUGUUUGAGCCCAGGUUCAACGCAGAACUUCUCGCCUCCCUGCUUUCAAUUCCCCCCCAGAAAACUUUAUUAAGGCGGCAUCUGAGUACCCAUUUCAAAGAGCUCCUGGGUCGCGAUGUCAUUCAAAUAAAACGUGAUGCUGAGGUUUCCUUGGGUCACGUCCCACUCUCAGCUACAGCCAAAAUCAAAAUACCAAAGAAAACACAAUUCACGCUGAAGCGCAAGAAAUCAAAAUCUAACAUUGAUUACGGCGAUCUCAUCUGCCCGAUGGAGCAGGCCAGUGCAAGUAUUUUAAAUAUCGUGGAAUCAGGUGAUGAGCUCUCGAAUUCCGCCCUGAGUCUCUCUGUCUCACUCUCUGGUAAAUCAGGUAUAAAUCACGAAAUUGCUUCUGAGGAGCCCAAUGGAUCUUUGAACCAGAAUGUCUCAACUGUCUCUUCCAAAACAACCAAAUGACAGAAUCAGCACUUACAAGAAUGAACGUAGACGAUCCCCAACUCAGCAACUGCUAACCUUAUCGUCAUAUCAGUAAUUAAUCACAUGUUCUAUCAUCACAAGUAUACCGUUAUCAACAUUAAUCAUAUUUCGCAUGUAUGUCUCAGUGGAUCUGUACCAAUAGCACUGCUAAGCUAGAUAUCCUACCAGUCGUGUCUUCCUAUUCGAUACUUUAUUUUUACCUGUAUGUUUCUUGCGCAAUUUGAAAGCCCCUGUGUACUGUGAUUUUUUUUUAUUUUUCUAGUUAACGCACAAAUAUCACGAAUAGAUCAAGAAGCCAAACUUGUUAUUAUAUUUUUGUGCCUGAAGUUUGUCGGUUAUGAUGAUUCUCCUAAAUGAUACCAUUGGGAUUAACUAAAAACCCCUAUUUUUAAUAUUUAUUCCAUUCAACUUUCUGACCAUGAAAUGCUUCAAGGUUGGAAAUUUCUGUACUUCCAACUAGAGAAAAUUGGGACUUAAAUGUAAAUUUUUGGCACUGUUACAAGGAUUUUCUUUUAGAAAUGUUACUGCAUUGCAUUUUGAAAUUUGUGAGUCACCCUUUCUUGAAUUCUAAUAUUUAGUUUGAACUAACAAAGUUCUUGUAAAACUUGCUUAAUAUUUCUUUUUAUAUAUUCAAGUCUGAAAACUAAGACUUGAGUCAGUGUUGAACUUUUUGUAAGUCAAAAGUAGGAAAAUGCAUAGAAUGUAUUAUGUAUGAAACUUCAAACUGUACAAAUGCAUUUCUAAAGGCUCCCUUGAAGGUUUUAAAAAUUUACCAUGUUGUUAGUUAUCGUUUCUUUAUUCCAGUCCAUAAAAGUGGCUGAGAAAAUUAUCCAGCCAAAGUGCUUUGUAAUAACUACUAAAUUUUGAUUGUUUAACCAUACUAUUCAAACACGUUUAAAAAAAUAAUCAAAUGGAGCUCUGUAUUGAUUCUAGAAAUUCCUCAUAGAAGCAACUGCGCCCUCUACCAAAAGCAUCUCCUCUAAAAGUUUGUGAUUUGUUACCAGCAAUGAAUACACUUUUUUAAUCUUUUGUUUUAUUUUUUGGUUGUUGAAAUUGUAAAAUUUUGUGCAGGUCUGAUAACGUAACCUUUUCUAGUGAUCUUUCAAACUGAUGUUUUUAAUUUUUACGUGUUUGCGGAAGGAACAUGUUAAAAAUUUGCAAAGUGAAAGAGAUUAAUGUUAUUUUUCCCAUAAGGAGAGCUCUUCGAUGCUUAAAAAGAAGAAAAAAACCGCCAUCGGAGCUCUCAGACAUGGCCAAAUUUCCUUCGAUUAUUGCCAAAAUCGACCGUUCGAUUGAUUGAUUUCAUGAGACUGAUUUUAAAUUCGUUCUUUGUAUUUUCAUUAUUUGGAUGUGAACUUACUUUCACAGUGUUUGGUUGAGUUGUCGUAGAGUCCAGAAAAGGAAAUCAUUGAAAAAAAUGUGCCAAUUUGAAACCUGACUUUGACCUUGCCGCCAAAUUUUCUCCAAGUCAUCGAUGUCUUUGGGAACGCAACUAAACCACUCGUUAAUUUACUAUAAUUUCCUUUUAUUCUAGUAUUAAUUUCCUAAUCUUAAAUUUGUUUUUUUAUGGAUUUUUUAAAGAGCGACUCGAAUGGCUGUGGUAGCAGCGGCUUUCAGCGCACCUUUAUUAUACCUACCAUUUUCGACCAAGCGCAACAUAAUGACAAUAUUCUAAGUUACGAUAUCUGUAGUAUUUUGAUGCCCUUUUAUCUUGUUAAUUUUUUGUAAUAUUUUACUUUUGAUAGUAUUUUAUUUCAGAGUUUUAAUUUUUAACCCUCCUUGCCUUGUGGGUUCUACUGUAGGUGUAAAUACAUACCAUACCAUGUUAAA